AUGGCAGAAAUCGACAAUUGCACGAAUCUGGAAAAGAUGAAGGCAGCUAAUCGGCUGUGCUGCCAAAAAUGUCGAAUUCAGCGCUGUAAUGCGGAGUACGUGGCCUCAUUCUCACCCUCCGGUGGCUUGCAAGAAGAGGUGCUUCCAGAUGUGGACUACUGCAUCGCUCUGAGGGCCUACUCGUUGUGUACGCGCCGCACAGCUCAUGGAUGUAGAGGGGACUUGGUGUACCACUCCGCUGUAUUCCGAAUUAAAGAGCUCUUUGCACAGCACAACUGCUCCAGUGAUGGCCCAACGUCGUCAGCCAAAGCACCCAGCACUUCCAAGCCGCCAGUGGUGGACGUCUGCAACUAUGAAAGCAGGGUGCUCGCCUUGGGCCCGGCGGCCCAACAGAAAAAGUAUGGACAUUGUGGAUUAUUCGGUGAUCCUCACUUGCGAACUUUUCGGGAUGAGUUCCAAACAUGUAGGGUUGAAGGGGCCUGGCCACUCAUCCACAACCGAUACCUUUCGGUUCAAGUCACAAAUGUACCGGUGGUUGAAGGCUCCAGUGCUACAGCAACCAACAAGAUAACCGUCAUCUUCAAGUCCUACCAUGACUGCACCGAGCAGAAGGUGUACCAGGCCACCACCGAGGACCUGCCGUCAGCGUUCCAGGACGGCACACGCAGCGGUGGGAAAGGAGAGAGCCUGUGGAUCGUGGAGGGUAGUGGAGGUCUAGGUAUACGGCAAGUGAAGAUCCACGCUCGCUACCUAGGCACGUCCAUCAUCGUGCGACAAGUCGGUCGCUACCUGACGUUUGCCAUCCGUAUGCCUGAGGACUUGGCAGAGGAGAAUGGGGGCUUGCAGCUGUGUCUGCACGGCUGCCCGCGCAGUGAGGUCAUCAAAGCCCACGUGCUCAACCGGCA